AUUUUGAUCCGAACCACGUUAAAUCUUGUGUUCUUUCUUUUACGUUUCUGCUAAUAGGGGUAAAAAAAAAAGACUACACGUGAGUUUCAAGGUUGGACCUUUUACUUUGUAAAGUAAGCUGUAAAUAAGUGAUAUUUUGUAUUCAUUAAUAUGCUCUGUUUAGUUUGGGUUUGCGCUUUAUCUUCUGGAUCUUCAUUCAUGAAUUGAUUUAUUCAUAUUUUGUUGUUUCUCUUCAGAUCUCUUUGGAUUUUCAGUUGUUCCAUAGCUUGCAUCUUGUGCCAGUGUUAAGCAUUGUUGGGGCCACUAUGCCUGGGUGUUCCGUGGAGCAUUGCCUGAAGCAGUUCUUUGUUGCAGAACAACUCGAAAACUAUAAGUGCAGCCACUGUUGGCAUAUUGCUGCCGUAAAGUUUGUCUCUGCCAUGGAUGAAAAUGAGGCUAUUGUUGAAAAACUUAAGCUGUGCAAUGAGGAAGAUUCCUGUGAUUGCAAAGAGCUACCAUGCCUUGCAAGAUUACCAUGGUCCAAUAGCUUCUCAUGCACUUUCAAGCAACUCAGUAUUGGCCGGAGUCCUAAGGUUCUAUGUCUUCAUUUACAACGUGCUUCUAUAAAUGUAUUUGGAGAACUGGUCAAACUUCAGGGCCAUAUUUCGUUUCCAUUGAUUUUGGACUUGGCUCCUUUUGUGAAGAAUGAAGUGGGGACAAAGAAUCGCGAAGGGAAUCUGCAAAUAGGAAAAAUAAAGCAUCAGCAGCAGUCUUUCCCUUUGUUUAAUUACUUAAAUCUGCAAGAUAAUAACGAGAUGUUAAAUUGCAUCACCCAAAGUGAAAGAACGUUUUCUACAGAAGUAGAAGAUACGGCUGCUUUGUGUGUCUCAAAUAAUUGUGGUGUUAACGCACCAAAGUCAAUAUCAACUUUGCUCGAUACAGGAAGCUACAAGGAGACGAGCUUAAAUCAGCUGCCUCCACAUUCUGGCAAUCAGGGUGAAGCUUCCUCAAUAACACUUUCCAAACAUCAUAAGUAUCGACUAGCCUCUGUUGUGCAGCACUUUGGAAGAGUUGGUAGCGGGCAUUACACCGUUUACAGACGAGCAACAGCAAAAAUAAGCGAAGACGAUCCUGCAGGACUACUGGGAUCUAUUGUUGAUCAGUGGUUUUGCAUCUCAGAUACCGACGUGCAUAGUGUUUCUGAGAAAGAUGUUCUAGAUGCUGAGGCAACCUUACUAUUCUAUGAAAAAAUUUCUGAUUGUUAAAACUUUUGCUGAGUUAUAUAGCUGUUUGUAGUAAGCUUUAAGAAUUUGUGUUAGCAACUCAGAAGCUGCGAGUCUUUGUUAUGGCCCAUUUUGUGCUUGCCUGGAGAAUUGUUUUGGUGACUCUGGCAAACCUAUUGAAUUUAGUCAGAUUUGAGUGUACUCUCUAUUGUAUUAUUUAGUGGCUUAUUAUUUCAGAUGUAUGGCAAAUUUUCCCCUUUAAUAUUAA